AUGGCUGCUAACUUCUACGAAAAAAACACCAGGUAUUAUCAUAUUCAAACAGUUUAUUGUAAUUUUUAUUGAAGAGAAUUGAAGGUUUUUUUUUUCAAAAAAUGGGAAUAAUUUGAGAAAAAAAAAUGAGAAGGCAUGGGAACAAUUAUGCGCCUUCCUUUUUAAAAAUUGUGUUCAGCGGGUUGAACGCCGAUCGUUUCAUGAGCAAGUUCGACGAGUCGACGCUCGUCAAUGUUCAAAGACAUUACUGGACAGCGCGACAAUUCAUUCGUUCCAAACUAGGGAAAAAGGUUCAUUUUCUUUUUUUUGGGUCUGAGUUUCAUUAUUACUAUAAAUUUAUUUCAUGAAAUUCAGAUAACAGUACAAUACUCAAAUUGGUCAUGUUUUAAUUUUCGUUAGAGCGGACAUAACUAUAAAUAUAUAACCCAUAAGUUCUAUGCUUAUUUUUCAAAUAAAUGUUUCCGUAAAUCUUGAGAUAUCUCUGGAGGGGGGGCCUUGUAAUUCAAAAACGGGUCUUGAACAGUUCAUUAACUACCGUAGUCGUACGAUUUACCCUUGAUUUUUUUUUUCAAAGUUUUCUUCCACUGCAAAGAACGCUCUUUUGUAAUUUUUUUUAAAGAGGCGAGUUGAAGAAAGUACGCUUCAAUUAAUUUCACUUGCGGCUUUUUGAAAAUAUUGAAUUCUGAAAGGAAGACGAGCACUUGGAAGCCAGCGAUUUGGAGCUCGACACUUGUCUUAACCUUUACCGAUCAGUACAGUCAACUUCGACUCAGCUGCUCACUUGCAUAGACGCAUAUGUCACUUUUCAAUACGGUAAGUUCACUAGAUGGAAUUCAACGAAAAAUGAACUGAAGACGAGGCUCUUGUGGAGAACGUCCUCGGGAAGUACAUGAAAGAGAAGGGGAAGCAGGAAAAGGCCGAAAACAUCAAACGGUCUCUAAUCGCUGUGGGACGUUGUCUAAUGUUCGCUAGUCAUCAAAUGAAUGCCGCCAGAGUGCCUCUCUCAACGUUUGUUUUUCUUUUUGGUUGCGUUUAUUUUUUUGAAAGAAAAUGGUUUUCUAAUGUUCAUGGAUACGAAUCUUUACAGCCAUAGGGGCAGUAAAAAAAAAUAGGGUUGCAGAAAACUGUGUCAUUUUGUAAAGCUUCUUCUUGUCUGUUGAACGAUGAGCUUGGAAACUUACAAAACUUCCUAGUUUUUGAGAAAAAUAAUUCAAAGUCAAGAGUAGAGAAAGGUUGAGUUCCCGCCAAAAGGGCGUUUUGCAGUAAAGUUGCUCUAUGGACAAAAAGCAUUGCGAUUUUUCAGAUUUUCGCUUUUUGAUUAGUUUUUUUUUUCAAUUUCAAAUUUUUUCUGUUGAUAGAAAAGUUUUUUUGUCAUGAAAACUUUCUGUUUAUGUGAAAUUUGCAAAUAAUGAUCGUAAAAUGCUACUCUGUUGAAACAGCUUUCGGUGGGGAUAUCGAUAUUUCGCGUUCCCUUUAUUAUUCGUGUGUGUUUUGUGUUCGCCUAAUAACUUUUCAAAGAAAGAAGCUUAAAAAUUUUCUCUAGACCGAUCCAAAGAAUAUUUCAAAAUUGAAAGGCGAGAAAAAAUCACGUUCUUCUUCGAAAGUACUCAUAUCUGCGCUUUUUUGAGUAGACCUUUCGAUUUUCAAUGAAAAACUACGAAAUACUGCUUUCACCCCAAACCCCAUUUUUUCUGCCCCUAUGCCAACGAGAAAAUAUACUGAAAAUUGAAGGUUUCUGGGAAAACUUGCGGUUUUUGUGGAAAGAGCCAUUGGAGACUGCUCUCAAACAGUAGAAGCGGUGGAGAUGGCACGAACUGAAUACCGCGGAAGUUUGCUCUGGAUGAAAAAGACCAGCGAAGAGGUUCCAAUUUAAGAGUUCUGACGCAAUGAAGUACUCUUCCAGUUGGAUCCUGAAGUCGAAGGAUCGAUGGAGAAGUUCCGCGACGCUCAAGCCACCGUCCGAGUCAACAAAGACAGAUUAGACAAGCUCAAGACGGACACUCUUCAGAAGGUUGGUCGACUGUCUAGCCCGCGACCGGGUUUCGUUUUCAGGUGGACCUGCUGUCUGCUUCGAGGUCGAAUCUUCUGUCUCACGUCCUGACGCACUACCAGCACGCCUUGUACAACCACUAUGCCAGAACAGCGCGAGCCUACGAAACUCUUGCGGAGAACAUCUCCUCGCUCAACGACUACGAGUUUGAAGUUCUCAGUGUAGGUUUUAUUCUCCCUUUUAAAAAUCUUCUUCUCAUUUAGCAUCUCUUUACCGGUGUAAAACAGCCUUCAGCUUCAAAAGCGUCCAAGUAUGUUACGGAUGCCAAUCAAGUACACAAUAAAGGGUCCUAGGAAAGAACCGGAAUCAGUUGAACAGCCUAUGGAGCCACAGGAGGCCGAGAUAGCCGAUUUACUUUUUGGAAGAGAGAGUCCAUUGUUCACUCUCGACGAGGAAGUCCCUGAAAGAGAGUCCGACAGUCCGCUUUGCGAGCCCGUUGAUCCACAGACUCACCAGCCAUCUCCAAAAGAAGUUCCAGCGAAGGUUUUCAAAAGGACCUUUUUGAAAUUCCUAUUGAGUUUUUGUUCAGUAUAACUUUGCCGUUGGCCCUCUAGCGCCUUUGUACAACUCCGAACUGCCCGUUCCAGCUUUAAAUCCACCUCCGUCCUCUUCACAACCAUCGCUGAUCUCACUGCACUCUUCAGGUUUAUAUCAGCUUUUUAUCAUGUUUUUUCUACUUUACGAGCUUGUAGAUCUCCUGUCAAUGUUCGGAAACCGUGAAGGAACAAAAAAGACGCCUUCUCCGCAAAGGGCUCAACCAACGGUGAUCUUUAAAAAUUAUCCAAAGAAAACAAAGGUUUCCAGGAUUGGUCGUCACUUCUAGAGGGAUUUGAGCUGCAGAAAAUCGACAACUCCUUUUUAUAA